CCAACGACAAAGCAAAUCCCUGUUAAGUCCUUUAUAGCUGGCGGCGUUGGUGGCAUGUGUAGUGUCAUAACAGGGUAUCCAUUGGAUACGAUCAAGGUGCGCCUACAGACUAUGCCCUUGCCUACAGUUGGCCAGACACCCAGAUAUAAAGGUGUCAUUGACUGCGCUGUCAAGAUUAUACGCCAUGAAGGGGUUCGAGGCUUGUAUCGUGGUAUAUCCGCACCUUUAGUGGGCGUCACGCCCAUUUACGCAGUGGACUUUGCCGUCUAUGCGGCGGGCAAACGUUUAUUUCAAACAGACGAGCAUGUUAAGCUAACCUACACACAAAUCUUUAUAGCCGGCGUAGGCGCUGGAAUUUGUUCAGCCUUAGUCACAGUGCCCACAGAUCGCAUAAAGGUGCUGCUACAAACGCAGCCAGUUACAGGUGGACCUUUAAUGUAUAAUGGUGCUAUGGAUACAGCCUUAAAGCUGUAUAGACAAGGAGGAUUGCGUAGUCUUUUCAAAGGCACAUGCGCUUGUGUUUUAAGGGAUUCUCCCACUGGUUUCUACUUUGUUACCUACGAGGCUCUGCAGGAUUUGGCCAGACGACGCUCCAGCACGGGUAACAUAACAACUACAUCCACAAUAUUAGCUGGCGGCACAGCGGGCAUUGUUUUCUGGUCUUUAGCGGCACCCUUUGAUGUACUUAAGAGCCGUUUGCAAUCGGCACCCGAAGGAACGUAUAAGCACGGCAUACGCAGUGUUUUUAGAGAUCUUAUAGCUAAAGAAGGACCAAAGGCUUUAUAUCGUGGUGUAUUACCAGUUUUAAUACGCGCUUUCCCAUCCACAGCCUCGGUAUUUAUUGGCGUAGAAUUAGCUCAUGAUUUGUUAAAUUUUUAGCUUAAUUUAAGCCUAGCCAAAAGAAGCUAUAUACAACUGUUUUAUAAGUUUUUACAGCUUAUG